AUGUCGUCUCCCGCGACGACACACACUAACGCGCCCGUCGACGCCUCCUCGACGCGGACGGCGUCUCCCGCGUCGACGCCGGCGUCGCCGCCGCCGCGCAAGCUCAUCAUCGACACCGAUCCCGGCGUCGACGACGCCUUCGCCAUCGCGCUCGCGCUCGAAACGAUGUCGACCGAGGUCGAAGUCCUCGGCCUCACCACCGUCUUCGGCAACGUUCGGCGCGACGACGCGACGCGAAACGCGCGCACGCUCGUCGAGAUGUGCGCGCUCGCCGGGUCGUGGAGGCGCGAAGCCGGCGCGCGGUUGCCGGUGGUCGACGGCGCGCGCGCGCCGCUGGCGGCGCUCGACGAGGACGACCGAUCGGGCGCGGGCGCGUCCACGGCGGACGAUUCCGCGGUGUUGGUCGCGGAUUUCGUGCACGGCGAAGACGGGUUCGGGGGCGUGCGCGGCGCGUACGAGACGCGGCCCGAGGAGAGCGCGGUGGAACACCGAGCGGGGCGAGAGGCGGCGGAUUUUAUAGCGGAGAUGUGCGCCAAGUACCCGGGCGAGGUGACGGUGCUGGCGCUCGCGCCGUUGACAAACAUAGCGCUGACGUUUCGGCGGCAUCCCGAGUGCUCGGAAACCAUGGGUGAGCUCGUCGUGCUCGGAGGCGCGUUUGAGGUAAACGGCAACGUAAAUCCGGCGGCGGAGGCGAAUAUUUUAGGCGACCCCGAGGCCGCGGAUGAGGUUUUCGGCGCGUUCGAGCGCACCUUCGUCGUAGGUCUCGACGUGACGACUCGAGUGCGUCUUUCUGGCGCCGAGAUCGAGCGUUUGGAAACCGUUCUCCGCGACGCCGACGCCGUCUCGCCGCCGCGUCGAUGCUCCAACCUCCUCCGCGCCUUUCUUCACGACGCCACCCAAUUCUACAAGGCGUAUCACCUCCGCGUCGCCGACUUCGACGGCAUCUACGUCCACGAUCCCACCGCUCUGCUCUUAGCCCUCCCUCACGUCCGCGAUGCCGUCUUCACUUUCCGCCGCGGCGCCGUCCGCGUCGCGCUCGCCCGCGACUGCGCCCGCGGCGCCGUCUUCCUCGACGCUCGCCGCGCCUGGCUCUUCCGCAACGCCUGGUCCGACCGUCCGCGCGUCUCCGUCGCCAUGGACGUCGACGUCGACGCCGCCCUUCGCGAGCUUCGCGCCCGUCUCGGCGUGUAA